AUGGCCGCCCAAUCCAAAGUCUCCCUCCUCCUGCCGUCCGGCGACCGCAGCGUCCGCAACAUCAUCGCCCAGCUCACCCAGCUCUACCUCUCCAACCGCACGCGCAUCUCCCGCGCCGUCUGGAUCACCCUCUUCGUCGCCCUCGCGAACCGCAUCCGCCAUGCAAUCUCCGAACAGAAGGCCGCCUCCGUCCGCGACGCCGCCGCCCGCGAGUCCCGCGCCACCCUCGCCGCCCCCUCCGACGAGGACGUGACCAAGAAGCGCAGAAAGGUCGAGCUCAACCGCGAGUUCUUCCGCUCGCUGCUGCGCCUGCUCAAGAUUGUCAUACCCGGCUGGAGGAGCAAGGAGGCCCGCCUGCUCAUCAGCCACUCCUUCUUCCUCGUCGUGAGGACGUUGAUCAGUCUCAAGGUCGCGGCGAUGGACGGUGCGAUUGUCAAGAGUUUGGUCAAGGGUAACGGCCGGGAGUUCCUGAUGCGCAUCGUGUGGUGGAUGCUGAUUGCCAUCCCGGCGACGUUUACAAACUCAAUGUUGUCCUACCACCAAGCAGAGCUGUCGCUCAAGUACCGCACACGGUUAACACAGCACAUUCACGACAAGUAUCUCUCCAAAUUGACCUUUUACGGUAUCUCCGCUCUCGACGACAGGAUAAACAAUCCCGACCAACUCAUCGCGGUCGACGUCGCGAAGUUCUCCAAUAGCUUGGCCGAGUUGUACAGUAAUUUGGCAAAGCCUAUCCUGGAUAUGACCAUCUACACCCACUCCCUCUCCCGCAGCGUUGGUGGAGAAGGCGUUGUCUCAAUGGCUCUCCUCGUCCAGCUCUCCGCCAACGUCAUGCGCGCCCUCACGCCCCCCUUUGGCAAGUACGUCGCCGACGAAGCCCGUCUCGAGGGCGAGUUCCGCUUCCAGCACUCCCGCCUCAUCGACCACUCCGAAGAAGUCGCCCUGUAUCACGGCCACGAGGCCGAAAAGGACACUCUUGACAAGGGCUACUUCACCCUCAUCAAGCACGUCAACUACAUCCUGCGACGCCGCUUCUACCACGGCUUCAUGGAGGACUUCGUCAUCAAGUACUUCUGGGGUGCCCUCGGCCUGCUGCUCUGCUCCGUCCCGGUUUUCGUCAAGAUGCCCGGCCACAUCUCAAUGAACAUGGGUGACCGCACCGAGAGCUUCGUCACCAACCGUCGCAUGCUGCUCUCCGCGUCAGACGCCUUUGGCCGUAUUAUGUUUUCCUACCGCGAGAUCAUGGAGUUGGCCGGCUACACUUCCCGCGUCGACUCCCUCCUCGAGGUUAUGAACGACAUCCGCGCCGGCCGCUUCGAGAAGAAACUCGUCUCGAGCUCCGGCACCGACGACAACGAGGCCAUCCUCAAGGGCCGUGGCACCGUCGUCGAGAGCAAGGACAUUGAGUUCAUCAACGUCCCAAUCAUCUCUCCCAACGGAGACGUCCUUGUCAGAGCCCUCUCCUUCUCCCUCAAGCAAGGCGACCAUCUCCUCGUCUUCGGCCCCAACGGCUGCGGCAAGUCUUCCCUUUUCCGCAUUCUCGGCGGCCUCUGGCCUGUCUACGGCGGCACCGUCUACAAGCCCCCUUUCUCCGACAUCUUCUACAUCCCCCAACGACCUUACCUGUCCCGCGGCUCCCUCCGCCAGCAGAUCACCUACCCGGACUCCCUCCGCCAAAUGCGCGCCAAGGGUGUUACCGACGCCGACCUCAUGUCCAUCCUCUCCAUCCUCGGCCUCGAGCACCUUCCCGAGCUCUACGAUUCGGGUUGGGACGCCGAGGCCGAGUGGCGCGACGUACUGUCUGGCGGCCUCCAACAGCGUGUCGCCAUGGCCCGUCUCUUCUACCACCGCCCCCGCUACGCCAUCCUCGACGAGUGUACCUCCUCCGUCACCCUCGAGACCGAGAAGGUCAUGUACGACAAUGCCAAGGCCCUGGGCAUCACCCUCAUGACCGUCAGCCAUCGCCGUAGUCUGUGGAAGUACCACUCCCGCAUCCUGCAGUUCGACGGACAGGGCAACUAUGUCUUCACAAAGCUCGACGCCGACAGGCGGCUGAAGCUCGAGGACGAGAAAGAGGACCUCGAGGUGUUGUUGCGACAGGUGCCUGAAAUUGAGAGGCGCAUUGCCGAGCUGACGGCCGCGUAG